AUGUCUGGCUUUCGUGACGCAAACUUACUUAUAAUCUCCCUCUCAACUCAUUCCCAUUCAAUUCAAGCUGGUCUUGGUCUCUCUCCCGAAGCUAUCUUACCACCUACUCACUCUUCUACCACGGAGAUCUAUCUUCCUGAAUCUCUACAACCAUCUGAUCCAACUCGAAGAUGGUCUGACUAUAGUCUCGAACCCAAACCUGGAUACGUCGCUCGAUCCUUAUUCACUGAUAGUGGUGACGGCACUGGUCAAUCGGUGGUGGAUUGGAAAGCACUUGAUGCAUUCUUUCGACACCUGCUCUUCACGACACUCAAACUCUCAAAUCCACCACUUGCUCAACAUAUCCUUCUAUCCAUUCCACCCUCCAUCUCCAAUGUCACCCGUGAUAAGCUCACUCAACUCUUCUUUGAGAAUCUUCAAGCUCCAGCUCUUUUUCUGGUAGACUCGGGCUUGCUUCAUAUACUCGCAUCCAAUCAUUCAUCCGGAAUAUCCGUCGACCUUGGGACACAUUCGACAUUGCUUUCCUUUAUUCACGAUUCUGUUCUCCUACGUCACUGUUCUCUCUCCUUUCCGCUGGGCGAGGUAGAUUGCGAUAAUUACCUGAUCGCACUUCUCCUGACUCAUGACACAACUCUACCCGAUCGUCUCUGCCCCAGCGCCGAAAACCAGUCUCCCAAAGCGCUUUAUCAAGCCCUUCGCAGCCUUGUGACCAGUCUGAAGGCUGAUGGUCAUAUCCGCUUUCAACCUGAACUCUCCGAUCUAGCUAGUGCGCUGCCAGAUACCUCAGUAGAAGAGGAUGAAAAUGCGAUCACAGACGUGGCUCAGGCGAUUGUGAGUGGCAAAGUAGACAAGCUUUUAGGGCGACAGACCAGUGUUGGUGGUGCCUCAGCAUCAGGCUCUCUUCACAGCCGACGAGGCACUGCCACAUCAACAAAAAAACUCGAGGCUGAACUCUUGAAAGAGUCAGAUACCAUCAUCGUCUCCGUACCUACCUCGGAUACUGCGAGUAGCCCUACACGUCUUCCGACCGACUUUGGUACCAUCCAAAUUCCCAACGAAUUCACUGCCGCCGAGUUGAGGAUAGGCAAAUUCCGACACAGGCACGCCGAACCACUCUUCUCGCCAUCAGUCCUCAGUCUCAUUCCAUCAACCUUUGCUCAACAUGGACUCGAAGCUUAUGCGAGUCGAUAUACACCUGAAGUGAUUGAAGAUGCUGGUGAUGGCAUCAUCGCAGCUGCUCAGACCGCAUUGCGGAAGAUUGACGGUGGUCAAAACCAACGUCGAGAGGUAUCUGAACACCUUGUUCUCACUGGCCAAGGUGGUAUCACGUGUCGUACUGAAGGCCUGGCGGAGGUUCUAUCUAAGGCAUUAGGAUCAAAACCGGCAAAAGUACCGGAAUAUUUUUCCGAGUUCAAAUCUAGACCCGAGCUCUUGGGGUUCUUAGGAGGCGCAAUUGUGGCCAAGUUAGUCUUCAAUGACGCUAGUGCAUCCAAACUUUGGAUGAGCAAGCCUGAUUAUAGCCGAGAAGGCCCCUAUGUGUCUCGAAAGAUUGGUGAAGCUACUGGACAGCAUGGUCUUCAGUCGACUUAUCCUUCAACUACUGCCGCUGGAGGUCCCAACUGA